AUGUCUGAACCCCAGGACCAUCCGUCUGCGAAUGAAGUAGAACGAGAAACAACCACCCUGCUUGACCUUCCCCCGGAACUCAUCCUCCUGAUUGCCCACCAUCUCAACGUACCCGAUCUAAACUCGCUCAUUUGUUCUUCCGCCUACCUUCAUGAAGUGUUAUCGCCUCUUCUCUACAAGCGCGGCGCAACCUAUGCCCGGAGAUGGGGUAUAAAACCACUAAUAUGGGCAGUGAUCAAAGGACACAAUUCCGCGGUCGAGCGUUUGUUGGAGAACGGCGCAGAUCCGUAUGUGGAAACCGAUGGCUCCACUGCAUACCACGCAGCUGCCAAAGGCCAAAAUAUCCGAGCACUCGCAUCCCUCCUUGGAAAGGCACCUGCCCCCUCGACCGAGGAUGGCGAGUCCGGAAUGACACCCCUCCAGCUAGCAGUUCAAUCCAAUAACGCGGUAAUGACACGCAUGAUGCUAGACGCCGCGCGUGGGAAGUGGCCAGAUCAAGACGGCGAGUGGAUAUAUUCCCUAUCUCUCGCAGUGGGUAAAGGGUACAUUGACAUCGCCCGAUGUCUGCUUGAAGCAGCGGGGAACAUGUGCUUAGCGCACUCCCAAGCACCUGCAGUAGACUCGCACUGCCUCCUCAACGCCGCAACCAAGGGCGAUAUUGCCAUGAUCCAACUACUCGCCGAGUUCGGAUGGAGGAACUGGGGAGCCAUGGUCUAUGGCAAAGAAAUUAUAACGCCACUGCAUGCUGCCGCACGAGAGGGACGCAUCGAGCUAACAGAACUAUUACUGUCGUACGGAUCGGACAUCAACGCCACUGAUCACAACAGUCGCACCCCCUUGUACUGUGCAUCGGCGAUAAAGGAGCACCACGUCACCGAGUUGCUUCUGAAAGCCGGCGCAGACCCCAACAUCGGCGGCAAGGAGGUGACUACCCAUCAUGAGAUGGCCACCCCGCUGCAUACGAACGCUUCCCAUGGAAGAAUAACCAUGAGCCUCCUGCUUCUGGCUGGCGGUGCGACUGUCAAUGCCGCGGACCAGCUGGGCUGUACUCCCUUGCAGUAUGCAGUCCAGUGGAAUCGCCUUCCGGUCAUGGAGAUCCUGAUUGAAGCAGGCGCGGAUAUCUCAGCCCGUACCCAGAAGGGACGCUCUGCGCUGUACAUAGCGGCUUAUCGGGGGCACGACAAGGCAGUGGACCUCCUCCUCUCCCACGGCGCCCACGCCGAAGCCGGACGCGAGACGGACAGCUUUACAAGCCCCCUCUUCGCGGCGAUCGAAAAGGGCCGUGUUGACUUCCUGAAACGCCUAGUCGCUGCCGGAUUCAAGCUCAACCCGGGACCGGGGUCAAACAUGAUACCCCUCUUCCACGCCGUCAAGUACAACCAGCUUUCCGUCAUCCGCGAGCUAGUCCGCUGCGGGGCGGAUGUCCGCACAUUAAAGGAAGACGGCUCGUCCAUCCUCCACGAAGCCGCAAAGCACGCCGCAAAGGAUGAAAUCAUCCAAUACCUCAUAGAUCAAGGUGCCGAUGUCCACGCUGUCGGGCCCCAGAACCAAACAGCCCUCCACUAUGCAAUGAGGUUUGUAUCCUCGUUCUCCACCGGCCUAGUCCUGUUAAACGCGGGUAUCUCCGCCAGUGCCCGCGACACCAACGGCGCAACAGCACUCCACCACUCCGUCCGGACAAGCGGGAAGGGGAUGAAAGAGUUGUUAAUAGCAGGCGCGGACGUCAACGCACAGGAUGGCAAUGGGAUGACGCCUUUACUCCUUGCAGCGUCCUCCUACCGCUUCUUCCCGCACGUGUUAUAUGCCCUACUUGAUGCGGGCGCGGACGUCACAGUGCAAGAUAAGUCCGGACAGACGGCGCUGCACUACGUCGCGAGAUCUUACAACGACCCUCUCUUUGGAACACUGCUCAAAAGGCAUAGCCAUGAGACCUCGGAGUUUAUGACCCCUGACAAACAGGGCCUGACUGUGGCCGAUAAAGCGAUCAAGUUCGGCCACGUCCCUAUCAUGAGCAUGCUUGCGGAUACUCAGAGACAUGGAGCUGGGGAUUAUGCGUUGAGGCCUGAACAGCGGGCGUUGAUUGAGGAGAUGGUGCAGAGGCAGGUGCUUCUGGGAUGA